CACAAACACACACACAGUGGCGCAACCAGCAGCCACACGCGCUCUGUCUCUCUAUCUGUCUCUCUCUCUCUCUCUCUUUCUCCUCCUCUCUGAGAAUGGUCCACCCGGUGCCUGAGGCUCUGCUGUCGCGGCCUGCCGCCCGUGUCUGAUCUCUCACACACAUACGCGCACUCAAUAGUAAUCAUGAUGUGAGAGGUGGGUACUAAGUAUCGUGCCCUCUCUUGCGUCUGCCGCUGCUUGGAGCUGCUUAUAGUACAAGCCUCAGCUUUCCUGCCUGCUUGCUGCCCACAUCAGUGAAAGACUGCCUGCACAACCCCACAAUCCCUGUGACCCCGAACCACCCCUACCUGACAGAGCUGAAGUGGGCACUAUUGAAUCAGCCAAUCAGAGUCUAGGAUUUUUGCUUUGGGAUCCAUUACUGCAGUUCAGUUUUUCCUUGAAGCAACAUUUUUUUUUUUUUGGUUUGUUCUUUUUCCUUUGGCCUGGCGUUUAUCCACGAGGAAAGAGGAGCUUAAUGAUCUAAGAAAGAGAACAUUAGCAAAAAGGACAGACUACUUUUGACAAAACACAAGCACACCCAAAGCACUUUGGGAUUUUAAGGAUCUGAAGUUUGCUUGCCGCUAAAGCGAGAUGGCGAUGAAUAUGGCUCACAUGCGGGACACGAAAUGGCUGACGCUGGAGGUGUGUCGAGAGUUUCAGCGGGGAACGUGCUCACGCUCCGAUGCUGAGUGCAAGUUUGCGCAUCCUGCCAAGAGCUGCCAGGUGGAGAACGGGCGAGUCAUCGCGUGCUUUGAUUCACUGAAGGGUCGUUGUUCCAGAGAGAACUGUAAGUACCUGCACCCUCCUCCUCACCUGAAGACUCAGCUGGAGAUAAACGGCCGUAACAAUCUGAUCCAGCAGAAGAACAUGGCAAUGCUCGCCCAGCAGAUGCAGCUAGCCAAUGCCAUCAUGCCUGGAAGUCAGCUUCAGCCAAUGCCUAUGUUUUCGGUCGCACCAAGCCUUGCAAAUAACGCCAGUGCGGCUGCUGCAGCGGCUGCCGCGGCUGCGUUUAAUCCGUACCUGGGCCCAGUGUCACCUGGGCUGAUGUCGGCAGAGAUCAUGCCCAACACACAGAUGCUGAUGGCGGGCAACCCUGGAGUGGCAUCCAUGCCGUCCGCUGCCAACGCUGCAGCUGCUGCUGCUUCAGCUGUGGCUGCCCAGAAACUCCUCAGAACAGACCGCCUGGAGGUGUGUCGUGAAUACCAGCGUGGCAACUGCUCUCGUGGGGAGACGGACUGCAGGUUUGCCCACCCUUCCGACAGCACAAUGAUCGACCCCAGUGACAACACGGUGACGGUGUGUAUGGAUUACAUAAAGGGCCGCUGCUCCAGAGACAAGUGCAAAUACUUCCACCCUCCUGCACAUCUGCAGGCCAAGAUCAAAGCAGCGCAACACCAGGUCAAUCAGGCCACGGCCGCCGCUGCCAUGACUCAGUCGGCUGUCAAAUCACUGAAGCGACCCCUCGAAGCCACCUUUGACCUGGGAAUUCCUCACAGUGUCAUGCCACCUUUACCAAAGCGGCCUGCGCUUGAGAAAGCCAACGGUGCCGCGGGCAUGUUCAGUACUGGCAUGCUCCAGUACCAGCAGGCUUUGGCCAACAUGCAGUUUCAGCAGCAAGCCUUUAUUCCGUCAGGCUCAAUAUUGUGCAUGACCCCUGCAGCAAGCGUGGUUCCCAUGAUGCACGGCGCUUCUCCGGCCGCUGUGUCCGCAGCAACCACAUCUGCCACAAGUGUUCCCUUCGCAUCUGCAUCAGCCAAUCAGGACUCUUCUCUAUCAAAGCUGACUACCAACGAAUACAUGCAAUUGAUUCCAAUAAUAUCUGCAGAGCAUCUGACUAGUCACAAGUACUUGACGCAGAUGUAGUUCCAGUCCUCAACAAUCAAAGGAAUGUGCUGUUGUCCUGGACAAAAAGGCAAACAAACAGAAUUCAAAAUUUUAACAUCAAGAUCACCGGCAGAUAGAAUAUACUAUGAAGAUUAAGAUUUGGUCAUACAUGAUGGUAGAGUUUUACUAGAGUGAAGCUGAGUGUCCUUCCACACGAUAUGUAGAAUUUGAGUGAAACUACAUCAUUAUGUCAGACAGGACGGCAUUUUUACUCUCAAGCCGGAUUAGUAGGAAAAGUGAUUUUCAUGUCUGACCUAACACCGUUUUGGCAUGUUAGUAGACCAAGAGAUAUUUUUUUGUGAUUCACACCUUGAUUAUCUUUACUCGAAAUUUGUCUGAUGGUUUACAGAGUUCUAAAAGGUGCACCUUGAAUUGAAAAGCGAAUCAAAAGUC